CAGCUCUGACUGACGUGCACGCUGUGCGCGUGCCUGUGCUUCUCCGUUCAAAUAAAGAGACUGAACCGCCCCUGCUGUAUACAUUCUUAAUUUCUUUCCUGUUGCUUCGAUUCACUUCUUUUUUUUAAUUUUUUUUACUCUACAAUUACAAAGAUUUUUGUAAUCAGCCAAAAAUGCGCCAGCAUUUAUCCUAUUUUUAAUAUGCCAUACAGUCUCAGCUUCUAAACCCAUUGAUUGUUGUUGUUCAGAGGAGAUUAUCUAAUAUUCUAUAAAAAAAACAGAAGUCACCAUGAGGACACUGGAUGAAAUAUACCAGCUGAAGCAGACUAGGUUCGGCCAGCCUCAGCCAAGACAUGGCCUAAAGCUGCUGCACUGGUUUGCUAAAGACUGUCUCACUGUUGAUCAGAACAAUGCUUUCCACUUGCGUUGUUAUCCUGGGAAUGGAGAUUUUGGGUUCCACCCAUUUCAGAACAGGUAUGAAAGAAAUGGUCAGAAACUUCUGCCUGAUGUGACAUUCCCUUACUAUGAGUUGGGAAAUCUGAGCAAAACAGCAGCAUCUAACCUGCCUUUUAAUGUACGAGAAUAUUAUGAGAGCUACAACAAGAUGAGUAACAAGGACCGCAUCAUAGUCGGAAUUAACAACAAGUGGUUUCAAACACUUUUUGUUACUGAGCACAUUGAUCGGUCAAAUUUCAACAAACAUGCCACCUACCAAAUCAGCAGACGCCUUAUUAUGAUUAUCCGGGGUCUGAGCUUAGACGACUUUCUUCGAAGAACCGGGUAUUCGACAGUGCAAGCAGACAGUUUUUACACAAUUAAUGUAAACACACAAUCAAACACCUCCAGCAGCACUUCAACACAGUCCACCUACACAUCAGCCACCGGGACUUCAAGAAACCAAGACACUCGUGUGAUAAUUGAUGACACUGAUGAAAGCAUUUUUGAUGCGCUGAGUCGCUGCAACUGUACCAUACUUUAGAAAAAACGCUGGGACCACAUUUGGCUUAAAUCUCUCAAUAUAGCAAAUUAUCUUUCAUCAAUAAAAUGUGUAUAAUUAUGUUAUAUGGUUUAUUUCAUUUUCAGAAUAAUUGAAAUUAAUCUGACUUCUUCACUUAUGAUAUACGGUACACCUGUCUGUUCUUAGCUUCUGAUGUUCUGUACUUGUUCUGGUUUUCUCCUAUCUUAGUUUUAGCUAUUAUCUAAUUAUCUAAUAUCUUGCAGUGUUUGUGGUAAGAGAAGAAUUACACUGUGCUGUCAUGUAUAUGUGGUGGUAAUAAGAAAGGUUUCUAUGCCUCAAUUUCAUACACACAUCAUUAUAAAAGCUGGCUGUAUCCAGCAUGGUGUAAACAAAAUAAACUGUCUCUUUUAUUAAAA